GGUAUCGGUAUCGGGACACCCCUAGUGUACGUUAUUAAUUCUUCACACUUGUCUCAAUACAAAUAAACAAUGAAAUGAAAAUAUUUCUUUUUUCUUUUUUGUUCUUGUUCUGACAUGUUGAGUUAAAGUUCAGCUCCACUGCAGACAAAAUAAAUGUGUGAAGGAUCAAACUGUUGGAAUAACAACAGCUGCAGCUCCAGUGGGAUAAUCACUCUUCAAAGAUUUAUUUUUUUUUCUUUCUGAGGAAGUCAACACAUGAAGAGCCUGAGCAGAUAAAGGGGAGUAGCGUGUUCAGUUCAGGAGAAAAACAAGGAAAUCGUGCUCUGAAGACAUCAGGAUCUGGACCGUCUGCAUUCCCUGCAUGCCCUCCUUUUCAUUACACAACCUCACGCUGACAGGAGGGUCAUUUCUUCGACCGCGCUCCUUCACACGAGCAGUUCUUCGUCUUUUUUCUCACAAAUUUAAACUUUACAACUAAGGAGCAUGGGAUUGAGGAGCAUCGUCAGUCUGGUUGUGGUCCUGGGAGUCGGAGGGAGCCUGACUGCGAUGAUCGGACAUCGGCCUGGGACAGAGGUCAGUGCAGGACAGAAGCCAGUAUCAGCAGUGACAAGGGCUAAGCCGGCGAUGGCAAAACGGCAGCUGAACCCAAAUUAUUAUGAAGCUCGGAGGGCUGCCCAGGUGGUGUUCAUCUACCUGAACACCCGCUACGGCUCUCCUUACAAGCUGUUCGGACUGCAGACCGUCUACAGUGCGACUGUAGAGGAGGUUGGAGACUCUGGAAGAAAAUAUCAGCUGAAGCUGUCAGUGCAGGAGAUCCCCACUGAUGCAACAGAGAAAUGUUCUGCAGAGGUUUUCUUCCAGAGGGGAGGAAAACAAUCCCCACCCCAAGUCCAGGUGUUAGGCUUGAAGGAGCUCCUUAAGAUCAARACUAAAGCUAAAGAAGAGGCCCUCUACCAGAAGUACAAGGCAAAGGACCCCCUGCUGUCGGUGCAAUAUUUACCUGACAGUCAGGGUAACAUGGAUCCUGACAUGGAACCUUUCUGGUACCUUUGCAUUGCGGCCUCCAGCUUCAUUAUGCUGAGUGAAUCCACAGAAAACACCUUGUACAACAUGGCUCAGGUGGCCAGCCUCACACAGCUGCCKACUGAGAAUAACCAGCUGAAGUUUGACAGUCUCAUCCUGCUGCAUGACAUUGUGUCUCAGGAAAUCCCUCGAUGGAAGCUGCUGUUCACCUGGUCUCCUGCAGAGGGUGUUAAAGUGCUGCAGAUGGAGCAGCAGCCUCGCCGUAAUGGUUAAAACCUAACCUGCUGGCUUUCACCAAACUCUGUUUACAACUUCUUAUACUCUCACAACCAAAGAUAUCUUAAAUUUAUACUCAAUAAAUUUUACCAAAGGUUAUUGAUGUGCUAGUUGAA